AUGACGAGCGCGACGACGGAUGAUGUCAUUCGAGGAAGCACCGUUGUCGGACGCCUCACCGACGCUUUGAGAGCGUCGACGUCGCAGGCGGCGAAGACGCAGACGACGGACGCGGCGACGUCGCGCGUCGCGACGCCGCGCGUCGUCGUGGACUUUGCGAGUCAAAUGCUGGCAUUCUUUGCGUUCUCGUGGGAAUCGGCCUGUUGGUCAUUACUUGCAGCGCUAUUCGUCGGCACGUGGCUGCGACGAACGUGGCGGCGGCGCAUGCGAAAAGCGCUCGCAAGCGCAGAGAUGCAGCACUCGCUCGACUCACAGUUCACCACGGUGGAACAUGGAGCGAUGGAGUGGAUCAAUCAUUUACUGAGACAUCUCUGGAUGUGUACCGCGGGCACGUUUGCGGAUCAGCAGGUGAACGAUAUUGCCAAGGGAAUUAUCGAGGGGUUGGCGGAGACUAAGCCGAGCUUUGUGAAGGACGUGCAGCUCGCCGACUUUACGCUUGGAUCGAUGCCGCCCAAAAUCAAGCUGUACACGACGCGAUACAACCCGACGCUGGAUUACUUACAAUUCGAGUUUGACAUCGAUUGGUAUGGCGACUCGGCGCACGCCCGAUUGGUGACAAAGAUCAAGUUAGCUGCGGCGAUUCCGUCGCUCACGGUUCCCAUCCACCUGACGGAUUUCGGUCUGCGAGGCCGCCUAUUGGUGGGAAUGCGUCUCACGAAACGUGUGCCAGGCGUAUCUGGCAUGGACGUCUCGUUUCGAGGCGCACCGAAAGUGGACGUCUCCGUUCGUCCAGUGGGAUUACCCAUUUCCGAUAUUCCUGGCCUGUACGAUUGGAUCAUGGGGAAAAUCGAGGACGUGCUCUGCAAAAAGUUUCUCGAACCGAGGCGCAUGUAUGUGGACGUGGAGGGUAAGUUCUUGGAGAAAAUGGCGAGCGCCGAUUUCCUCGGCAAGGGGGGUACGCUCGUGUGCAGAGUGAUGACGUUAAAGGGAGUCCCGACGAGUAAGGCGUCUGGAUAUCCGUGGGUGGAAGUUACAUACAACGGCUCGCGCAAGAUCACGGCGACACGACCACUCAACAAAGUUAUGCACUUCGGCGGCGCCCUCGCGUUCCCUUUACCCGAUGAUACGAAUUGGAAAUCCACAGACGCCGAUAAUAAUGAAAGAAUGGAAUUAGGCACGGUACGCGUGCGCGUAAUGGAUAGGGCGCCUGUUGGAAAAGACAUUUUCAUCAUGGGCGAGGCUGUCUUUGGCGCGCACCGUCGAACAGAAAGUGAAACGCACUACAUGUCGCUUUCUCUUGGAUCUCACGCGGAAAAAUCAAAAUAUGGCGUCUCGAUGAAAGUCCCGAUAAUAGCACGGAUUGAGUGGGAGGUAUUACCGCCGAUAAGUCGCUGGGACCCUCUCAAACCAGCCGUCUCGAAGGCUCGAUCGGCGAUUCCCAUGCGGUGUAAGGCAGACAGCGGUGCAGACAAUACGGAUGAUGAUGGUGGUGACGACGACGUCGACAUCGACGACGACGACGACGACGACGACGACGACAACGAUUAUUUGGAAGGUCACGAAACCUCCGGCGUUCUCAGUGAACCGAAUGUGGCGAGUGAUGGCGAACCACACUCACCGCUCUCGAGAUGGCGCAGCGAUGUGGCGACGAGGAUAGACUCAAAUGAGGCGGACGCAAAGUGGCAAACGCUGGACGUGGCCGCUGAAUACGUCCUUCAGCUCGCCAAACUCCGCGUCAUGCUGCAACGAGAACGUGAUGCGUCGACGGAAACGAUCGCAGGCCUCAAAUCUGACUUGAGUCUGGCUCGUGAGACGUUGCUUCUCGAGCGCGAGCGCCGAGCGCAGGAACUCAAGCGAGCGCUGUUAGAGGGCGUCAGAAUUUUCGUCCACACGAAAAACUCGAAGGCUGGUUUAACCGGGAAAGACGAGAUGUAUAUUCGUUACCACGGAUACAAGCACUAUUUCACGCUUCACAAGAAGCAUGGUGUAAAGGCGAAGCCUUUGCACACGAUGCAUAUCUCACACAUCUCGCACGCCGUGCUGGGCACAAAGAAUUUCACCUUGGGCGUGUCAAAGGCGCACGAUGAGAGAGAGAGUACGAACGCAAAGAGCGCUCGUGGAAGAAAAAUUCGAUCAUUGGUGAGCGCCAGAUGUUUUUCCGUACUCUUCAUGACGGAAGAGCAGUACAAGCGACAGUGCGAUCAGAUCACCGAGGCGCGAGCGCUUGAGAUUGAAACGAAGAAACGAAGAGGAGAGGCGCUCGACGAUGGAGACGAUGAAGAUAUGCGGUUUGAGCCUCGUGGAGGUCUCACUUCCAUAGGAAUCGUGGGAUUAGACCUUGAGCUCCCGUUCGAGGGUAACGGUAGAAGUGCGCGCGAGUGGGUCGAUGGCAUCAACGCCCUCAAGGAGGUAUUCAAUGCGACGGAGUAUCCGUAUUUGAAAGUUUUUCAGCGAAAGGAAAGUGGCGAUGGGACGAGUCGACGUAGUGUGAGCGCGCGGAGUUUAUCAAUUGAUACUAGUGCGGCGGCUCAUAAGAGCGAGAUGCCGACGAAGGAGACACCUAUGUCAUUCGUUGAGGCUUCGUCUGUUCGUUAA